GGGUUUUAACUGUAAAUUUCUUCCGACAUGUCGGACCGCCACUAUUUAAAACCGGCCAGUGUGCAGGAAAUCGCAGCCGACGUUGGGAGUGGAGCAGCUAUAUUGGAAAACAACGUUGCGUUUCGCAUCGACGGGAACCCAGUCGUCCGCCCUCGCAAUAUCCGUUUGUUAUUACUGAGGAUUUUCCGGACCGAUUUACGCAACAAUGGUAAAUUAUUAAAAUAUUCUUAUUUACGAGCGUUAUUUUUUUUUCUCUCGCGCGAUAUUUCACGUUUUCGGUUAUUUCUAGUAGGUAUUCAUUAUACUUUAAAAACCGAUAAGAAUUUUAUUCCCAAUAUGAAUAAUAAUAAACGAAACAAAUUGUUAAAAAGUGGAAUUAACAAAGUGGUUUCUAGAUUAAAAAUAUCAACCCAGCAACACGCAUUUAUUAUAACAUACUAAUCGCGGGUAUAGCAUUCCGGUUUUCGUUUGUUUGUUUCAUUUCAUUAGUAAUUAUAAAAACCACGGUAAGCGCCUAAUAAUUAUUCUGUUUUGUUUCAUGUAAGACGUGCCAUAUCGAAAAUUAUAUACUUAUAAACAGUAGACUUCAUAAAACGUAAAAGACCGUUAGAACAGAUAGCGUAUCAUGUUUACCUUGUAAAAAUACAAUAUGCGCAUUAAAUGUUGCAAUGAAGCUAUUCAGUUUUACUAAAACCCGGGUUUUUUCUCAGGUAACCUAUGAUGAAACAUUUUUCGAAUUGCAAAUCAUUUUUCUAAACAUUUUUGUUUUAGAAACUUUUUAACGAAUAAACAGGUGCACAGUCCUCAAGAGUUUAAAUUCAUAUAGGCUACAUGUUAUACAUUAAAUCACGCGUAAAUCACGAUUGAUUGCGAACAUAUUAACAAUAAUGGACUUUUAACAUUAGCCGAACUCUUAUAUAAAUAUUUAACAGCUAAUAGCCAUAAUAUUAUUAUAUAAACAAUAAAUACAAUUUUUUUUUGUAUACAAAUCAAAUUUAAUUAAAUAGAAAAAAACGCGCAUUAGUUAUAUAAAAUGCAUUAAUCAUAUUUGUAUGUACUCGACGGUCUCUUUAAAUCCAAUUUGAUAUUUUUUCUAAUAACAGGGAAAAACUUAAAACAAAAUAAUAUCUCGAAAUCGGAUUUGUAAAUUCUAUAUAUUACGGGAGCUCAUAAACUGAGCUUCGUUUAGAAUCGUUUUUUGCAUUUUAUGAAUGUAUCUUUACUAUCAAUUUUAUUAUAUUUUAGAUUCUGAGUGAAGCGAGAGAUGUAUUGGUUUUACUACCUAUGAUGUGUUUUUUUUUGUAUCUGCACACAACUAAUUUAUCAGAAUGCUUCCUCUAAUCAAAAACUACAUAAGAACUUUCUUGUAGCAUUUUUGAUAAAGUCGAUGCAUUGAAGUAAUUGAUGGAUUAUUCGUGUAAUUUUCUUAAAAACUGGGGAAAAUUGGUAAUUAUUUGUAUAACUAAUGUUGACUUUUGAGUUACCUUGUUAACAAGGGAAAAAAUACAACUAAUAAACACUGUUAAUAAUACAUACCCGAAAAUACUCCGCUCAAAAUCUUUUUUCGCAUAAAUUAAAUUGCUCUGUACAUAUGUAUAUCUUCCCUUAUAACUUCGCUCCUAAAGCAGUAGCACAUCCAUCAGUAGUAUUAGCUUUUUUUUUUUUCAGACGCUUCGAAUCAUACGGUUAUAAUCAUGAUUUUGUGUUUGUUUGUUUUAGUUUGUGCCCAGGUUAUUGGCUAUUUUCGCAGCGUUCUUAGUUUGCACGGUAUACGCGCAGAGACCGUUUUACGCGUCCUCUAACCAGUAUCCCGGUGUUUUACCGCAAAACAUGCCGCCCAAUUCAGAUUUGGAUAACAGAUUCGGUGGUAGUACCACUCCGGAUCCAUACAAGGCCUAUGAAAAAGUUCCGGUAUACAAUGUCGAAAAAGUAUUGGUCGAUAGAAUAAAAAACGAGUACCCGCGGGACAAGCAACCGUUUUGGUACGUGAACGCCGCCCAAUUGAACAACAUGAGAUAUCAAGAGCAACAAGCUCAAUUGCAAUUCGAUCAGAUCAUUGAGGCGCUGAGACGUCAGCAGGAGGCGUCGUCGUCAACAUAUUAUUACGGACAGUAAAAUUGUUCAACGACAAUAUGAUACUACCCUGAUAAUUAAAAACCUAUAUAUUAUUACGUAAAAAAAAAAAUUAUAUAUCGGCAUAUCAAAAAUAAUAUUUAUCAGACACAAUGUCCCCAUUGACUAAGAUUAAUAUUACUAUUUUAUUUGAUUACAAUGUUUUCAUUACGCGAUAAGGUAAAAAUUAAUAAUUUCGAUUAAAAAACAUCGGAACAGAUAAAUUAAUUUUCGCGUUAAAAUGUCGGUUUAUUUUUCACUGAAUUUAUAGUGGGAGGGGCAACACGUGGCGUUGUAUUUAAUUUUCUUGUUCCCCGGAAAAUUUCCUAUAAAUACCCUACUGUUAUUAUUUAUUUAAGGGGAUUGUCGAGAGUGCAUAAUUUUAGUUGGUUUAGACCUACUACCUAAAUAAAACUGUAAUAAUAGUGUUGGACCUGUUUCAAUUUUAAUUGAAAACGGAUUAUGUUUCUCUAGGUUCUUUACCAGGAUAAUUUGGAAAUAUAAAUUUAUUUUUUUUUUUCUGAAAAUCGCGAAAAAAAUUGAUUGUAUUUUUGAUAAGUUUUCAAAAAAUAUAAUUAAAACACUUUAUUUUUUUACCUUAUGAAUAAUAAAAUUAACAUUGAAAAAAUAGUUACGUUUUCUAACGUAAUUCCUACAGUUUUGUCUGAUAUUUUAUGCCCGUAAAAACGGCCAUACCUUUUUCCCAUAAAUGAUCAGUAAAUUAGUGGAAAUGUCUUUUAUCAUUUAAGCGGUUCUUCCGUAAUUACUGACUAUUGUGAUUAAUUCUCAUGCGUCGAGGUAUUAAUGUAUACGUUUAGCCAUUAUUUGAAAAAAAAUUAUUUUGUUCUGUACGAUUGUGUUUGUAGUAAUUACAAUUAUUUUAAUUCGUCUUAAAUAUCAGAGUCGUAAUUCAAAACUGUAUUGUUUUUGUAAAUUAUUUAAUUGUUCUGUGUUGAAUAAUACAACACUAUCUAUUCUACAAAUAUAUAUGUAUUAAUAUUUUUAAACGUACACCUAUUACCUACACGAUGCGUAUUCGUUUUCAAAAUUAAACGAUUUGUUUAAAUUGUAUUUAUUGUUAAAUUAAAAAUAUAUUAUUUAUAUGACAUAAUAUGUAGUUAUUUAUUUCGUAUUAUAAUAAUUAAUAACUCGGAAUUUGAUUCUAGAUAAUUUAUAUUGCUCCC